CAUUUGGAAGGGGGAAAAAAAGCACAAGUUGACGCUAGGCUAGCGAUCUAACUUCGCUGUAACCGUUUACCAGUUGCUAACGUGGUCUAAAUGGCGAAACAGCAGGGCGUCCUAGUCGUUUAUUCGAACUGUUUUGCAUAGCCGGGUCAAAUGGUUUAUGAGUCUGGGCAGCCAUGGGUGACAUGAAAACCCCAGAUUUUGAUGAUCUUCUCGCUGCCUUUGACAUCCCAGAUGCUACAGGCUUAGAUGCCAAAGAGCCCAUCCAGGAGGGGAAUGAUGAGGUGCAUCUGAAACACCCGGGAGCAUCCGCCAAUGACAAUUUACUGAGUAAUCAAGCAGUCUCUGCAGCAGAUGUUCCUGUUGUGAGUGUGAUUGUGAAGAACACGCAUCACCAGAAGCCGUUGGAAGGAUUUGGAAAUGGUUUCCACUCAGGACCAGCUUUGCAAAAUGGAUUUAAUACACAGGGAUCUGGCGACACAGCUAACAGUGUCUUCAGUAAAUCAUUUGUCUGUGCUCUGAAUGGGGACUUCUCAAACGAAUUUCUUGGGAAAGCACCAAUUCAAAACAAACCUGAUCCAAUGCCACCGUUUUCCCAGUCACACACUCACUCCGGUCCCAUUUCCAGUCCUGAGCCUGAAGACAGUUUAAUAAGGAGAGACAAUGCGUAUCCCAAACAAGAGAGCUCUUGUUUCCCAGACGAAUCCAAUUUGGUGGAACCCUCGGCAGCAGACAAUCCACAAAAGUCAGAUCUUUGUAUUUUCGAUGAGCUCCAGAAGGACAAUGAGUCGUCCUGGAGUAGAAGUGAGGAGCCACCUGACAACUGUGUCUGUAAUAAAAUGAUAAGCAUAUACAGUGGACUCCCUCACCUAAGCAAUAACAAGACCUUCAAUGAGACUUCCUGCAAUUUGGGAUCCCCGAUUGAUGGCUCUGACUCGUUUCCACAAAUAAAGCCGUAUGCAUCUAAAGUGCCCUCGUGCCUUGAGGCUCUGGUGGCUCUCAAUGCUAGAAAGGAUCCCAGCGAGCAGACUAAGAGUCCCAGAGAGUCUCCAGCAAUGAACAUUGACUGCAUGAAAUACAGCCCCAAAGUGCCCAUAUCCCCUCGUAGUCCCAUGAGCCCACUCGAGGCGGUGAAGCGCCUGAUGAAGCCACCCGACAGCCCCGUGAGCAUCUGCAGCGACAGCAGCGGCAAGGCCGGGGGGUCACCCCCAGUCAUACCCAAGGUCCGAAUAAAGACCAUCAAAACCACCAGUGGGCAGGUGAAGCGCACAGUUACCAGUGUGCUGCCUGAUUCUGAAACGGACGACGUCCACUCAGCCUAUGAAUCCUCACCAUCGCAGAGUUUGUUGAGUGAGGAUGGAGCAUAUUCACCCAAAGUCUUACACAGCAAAUCAGAGGAAAACCCCAGGACUUCAACAGUGUUCCAGAAUUUACCUGAUGGAAGAUCAGCUGCACCCCAGGAACAUAUGCCAAAGAGAAUCUCUUCUACUAAAGGACAUACAGGAAGCUCUAGCUUCCUUCCCAAAGCAGCGCACCUUGCCAGUCUGAACCUCGUCCCUCACAGCGUCGCUGCCUCGGUGACGGGUCGCUCCGCCUCGCAUCAGUCCAGUAAACACACGCUCUCUUCAACUGUGGUCAGCACCGUCCCAUUGGUGCACCAGAUCAAAACUUGGCCACAAACAUCCGUCCCUAACGCAGCAGCGGGCACCUUAAACCGGCUGCUGAACAACAGCAACCCCGUGCCGACAUACGUGCCCGACCUGAACCCCCCGCCUGAGAGCGAUAUCCGCCUCCCUGCAAGAGGCUACCGCUGCCUCGAGUGCGGGGACUCUUUCGGGGUAGAGCGUAGCCUCAUGUACCAUUACAGCCGGAGGAGUGUCCACAUUGAGGUGGGAUGCACACACUGUGCCAAGACCAUGGUGUUCUUCAACAAGUGCGCACUGCUGGCACACGCCAGGGAGCACAAGAACAACGGCUCGGUGAUGCAGUGCACGCAGCUCCACAUGAAACCCAUUGCGGAGGCGCACAUGUUCGUACCUCUCCAUACAGAAGCACUCAACUCAGACUCUCGUGCCAGACCGUCACGUUCACUUAAAAGCCAGCCCGUCAUGCCUCUCUAUCCAGACAACGUCACCCACUACAGACUGCGGUGCUUGGAGUGCAACAAGCAGUUGUCGGACCACCGAGCACUCGCUGCCCAUUAUCAAUCUUUGUCAGAAGAUAAGAAAGGAUUGUUUUGCAAGAUUUGCUCCAUGUUGCUACCUAACAAGUGCAGCUUGAGAGCCCACCAGCGCAUCCACACCCUCAAGCCCCCUUAUUGCUGCCCCGAGUGCGGUGCUGUGAGUCGCUGUGCGGACAUUCAGAAGCACGUCAGGGAAAACUGUCUCCACUAUGCGCGCAAAGCCUGGUACAAGUGUCUUCACUGUGAAGUGGUCUUCAAGACCCUUCUCGGACAAAAGACGCACAUUGAGGAAAAACACUGUGUGGUUCUCCACAAGUGCUCUGCCUGCCCCGUUGCCUUCAAAACCUCAGACAGCUAUGAAGCUCAUAUGAAAAAUAAACACAGUGCUAGCAAAAUCCCUCCCCAGUUCAACUUCAAGUGCUCAUGUGGUAAUAUUUUCCAGAAAAAGUGGUUACUCUUUCAACAUUUUCAUCAAGACGCCAACAAGCGUCUCACUUGCGUGUUUAAGUGUCCAGAAUGCAACUCGGUCUUCUCUCAAAAGCAGCUGCUGAUGCAACAUUUCAAGAGUGUGCAUGGAGGGGAGGCGAGACCAGAGCCAGAGGUUGAGAGUAAACAAAUGAACGAUAGUGUUUUGCAUCCGGAUGCCAGUCCCAUCCACGCCCCAGUGAAACGCAGAGAGGCUCCACGGAAGGAGGCAGAAAAGGAUGGCGGUCCUCGUGUGAAGUCGUCUGGCUGGACAUGUGGGGAAUGUCUUCAGUGUUUCCCUGAACGAGACCUUUAUAUUUCCCACUUGAAGUCCAAGCAUGUUAAGUCAUUGAAGCGCUACCCCUGUCGGCAGUGCGACCAGUCGUUCAAUUCCACGACAAGCUUAAGAAGACACAUUCGCAGUGACCACGAUGGGAAAAAGAAAAUUUACACUUGUUGGUAUUGCACAGAAAGAAAGACAUUUACCAGCAGUGUGAUGAUGAAGAACCACAUAAGUCUUAUGCAUGGAAUCAAAAAUCCUGACCUUAGCCAAAUGCCUAAAACCUCUAUCCAGGAAUGCAAAAAUGUUUUGGGCAAGGAUUCUGGACCGCCAAUAGCUGGCAAGGAGGAGGGGCAGGACAUGGCGAAUUCUCUGGAGGCUCCUUCACCCAAGCGUCCGAAAACACAGUUCCGCUGCUCCAAGUGCGGAUUCAUCACUGAUGACAACGCCCAGUUCCAGGAGCACAUACCUCAGCAUAAAAGCGCCGAAAACACACCCCAGUGCCUUCACUGCGGCCUGUGCUUCACUUCACCGCUGUCCCUAAGCAGACACCUGGUUAUUGUUCACAAGGUGAAAGAUCCCGAGGAAGCGGAGGCGGCGAGGGACCGUUGGCCUGAUGAUGCCGACAAUGAGCGAAGUGAUGCCGAGCUCUCGCAGAGAGAUGAGGACUCUCAUUCAAAUCCCACUCAGACAUCAGGACAAUGACAUCCACAUCCAAUCAUCUUUCAAGCUGUGUUCACUUUUUCACUGCAGCACAUUAAAACAAAUGUUUAACAAAGAACAAGAUUUUUAUAUAUAUCUCAGAUGACCAACUGAUAAGCCUGAUUUCACAGAUUUUUAUUUAACUUUGCAUGUUGUAUAUUAGCAUCAUUGUGCUUCUCAAGACUGUGGCACUCAUAUUUUGCUGCCGAAGCUUUUUUUUUUUUUUUUUUUAAACAAAUUAUUUUAUUCACCUUGAUGGAGUAACGGAAUUGUGGGGUUUGAGUUCUGGUGCAAACUGUUGACAACAUUGAUAAGCUUGUGCGUUCUUUCACUUUUGUAAUUAACUGCAAUUUAGUUGCUUAAAUCUUAGUAUUAUGCCACCCAAUGUCCCCUGAAGGGCAUUCUGGGUGCAAUUUUGUUAUGCACUAUUCAUUUAAAAACAGGACUAAUAACCAUAAACAGAUGCUAAAGCCUUACUAAAGUUGGGCUUCAGGAACAAGAGAUAUGUUUCACUAUAUGAGCAUUAUAUGCAUUUAGUUUAAUUUUUAAAUUUUUUUUAGCAAAUGCUUGUAAAGGGGAAGCAGAAGGUUGCUGAAUGUGAGGUUCAGCAGUAUUGAAAAUACCUCAGACUACCAAAAGUUUAAUUUUGGAGGCACAUGAGUUCUAUGUUUUGUCAAAAUCAAGGUACGUUUUUCAAGAUCAAACAGCUUAUUGGAACAGGGAAAAAUAAUAUGAAAGGAGGCAAGUGAGGGACACCUUUCUGUGACUAUUUUGUGUCGGAAGUGAGACGGCAACUACCUCUAUGGUAAAUGGCAGUAAUUGUUAAAUGUGCAGAGGAGUCGCAUAUAAUCUCAGUGCAAUGCAGAAUGUGUAUUAUCCCACAUUAUUGAAUUUUAUAAAUUGAUUUUGGGGACCAUCUUGGGAAUACUAAGUCAUAUUGACUUAUGAACCUUUUUGUUAUGUAAGUGCUACAUGAGUUCUUAAUUUUCUACUCUCCUUAAAUGCCAGCAUGUGGCUGCCCAGGCUGACAUGCAUCAUUUUGUGCUUGUUGAAGGAUAUUUUUUACCUUUGAUACCCUGUACAGAGAUGACUUGUAUACCUACCUUAAGAGCAUUUCUUAAGCUAUGACCUCUAUUUAGCAUGCAGUGGCCCAUGUGCCUUACUGUUAUGGUUACCUAAACUACAUACGAAUAAACUGGUGCAUUGAAUUAUA